GAAUCCGGAAUAAUCUCCACCUCUUUUCCAGUUCUAGCCAACAUUCUGCUGGAAUUGGAAAGCCUGGACUAAACUAAACUCCGGCAAAAUCAUUAAUAUUGCCUUAAAAAUCAAUUAUUCUAGUAAAAAUUGACGGGAAAUAACUCGAUUAUCCGUCUGUUGGAACCACUCUUUUCUCGUUGCCGUUGGAUCCCAAGAUUUUCAACAGUUCAACCACUAUCUCUUCUCGCAGAAGAUGAGUCUAGGGUUUCACCGGUUCUUUUGCCUUGCCCCUCCACCUCCACAGCAUAACUCGAGGUUCGCCGGCAGUGAACUUGUCGUUUUCCACAAGUAUCCGGCGAAACCCGGCUUCGGUUCUCCAAGGACGAAGCUAGAAUUACACCUGAGAGCUGCUUCGAUCACCGGUUCCGACGCUGGAUAUUCCGAGCAAUUACCGGAUAGCGAAAAGAAGCGGACAACACAGAAAAUAGCUGGCAUUGAUCAGGAUGAAUUAUUGGAUCCAAUGGUCUUAGCUGAUCGAGACAGUUUUUUUUGUGAGUUUAAAGGGGUGCAUAUACAUCAUAAGAUAUGUGAGGAAAAUGAUCAAACAGAGCACUCGUUACACAGUCAUGCUGAUUCUCAACUUACCUACCAGACUAAAAAGAUUGGCAUGCCCAUUAUUCUACUACAUGGUUUUGGAGCCUCUGUGUUUUCAUGGGAACGAGCCAUGAAGCCUUUGGCACAGGUCACUGGUGGGAAAGUUCUUGCUUUUGACAGGCCAGCCUUUGGGCUAACAUCAAGGGUGAAUUACUCCGGUGCUAGUGAUGAUUCAAAACCUUUAAAUCCGUACUCCCUGGCAUUUUCUGUGCUAGCGACCCUGUCUUUCAUUGACAUCUUAGCCGCUGAGAAGGCAAUACUUAUAGGGCACUCAGCCGGUUCUCUUGUAGCUGUUGAUACGUAUUUCGAGGCUCCUGAGCGUGUUGCUGCUCUGAUCCUUGUUGCCCCAGCAAUUCUGGCCCCAUAUGUUUUACCUAAAGGUGUCAAAGGAAACCAAAUGAGAAGAGAAAACCAGAACCAAGAUAACAGAUCGAGUUCAAAUAUCAUUGAGAAUUCAUUUAUCAGGAUUGGAAGGACUUUGUCAAAGUUCUUUGUGUACAUUGCUCAAGGGAUAAUGCAGAUGCUAAAAGGGAUGGUUGAUAUGAUCAGUUCUGUGUAUAAGAAAGCCUUAAAAGCAGUUCUGUGUUCGGCCUUUGGGGUAAUGUUGGUAAGAAUCAUAAUUGACAAAUUUGGUAUAGCUGCCAUUCGAAAUUCAUGGUAUGAUGCAACUCAAAUUAGUUCUCACACUUUGUGCGGUUAUACAAAGCCAUUGAGGGUUAAAGACUGGGACAGAGCUCUUGUGGAAUACACGAUAGCCAUGCUUACAGAUGUUGAAUCUGAAUCAAAGCCACCACUAACAAAAAGGCUCCACGAGAUCUCUUGUCCAGUGUUGAUUGUCACUGGUGAUACCGAUCGGCUUGUCCCCUACUGGAAUUCUGAGAGGCUAUCAGAAGCUAUACCUGGCUCCUGCCUUGAAGUAAUUAAGAACUGUGGCCACUUACCACAUGAAGAGAGGGUUGAGGAGUUCAUUGCAGUUGUCCAGAAUUUUCUUCAGAGAGUUUUUGGAGCUUCUAAGGAGCAGCUUUUGCAAAUAUCAGCUUGACACUUUAUAAUGGUUAUUCUCCGUAGGUUUUCAUAUAUUUAUCUUUUUAUUUCCUUUCUUUUUUAGUUGUCGGGUUUACAUGGAUGGAAGAAAAAAAGAAAAAAGAACGAAUGCAACAUAUAAUAUAAAAUGUAUGGUAGCGCAGGCUCCACCAGUCAUUGAAGAUGGUAUCACGACACCUUGAUGAAGAAAAUCUUAGGGUAGGGAUCUUCAUUAUUUCAUUAAAUAAAAGGGUAAAGAAUAGUCUCGUUCACUAGGGUGAUCUGUAGAAGGGGAGAAGUCUUCAUCAUCUCAUUUAGCUUGAUUAUUGUUGUUUGUAGCUUUCUCUUGGAAUGGAAACCGUGCACUGCAUGGAUAAGAAUCAUGAGAUGAGAAUGGAGAUUUCUUAUUGUUGUUGUCGUUUGA